GGCAGGCAGGGAUAGUCUAGGAAGAGAGAAGGGCCCAGGGACUGACCGAAGGACUCCAAGGGCAGGGGUCCACACCUGACCCCUGGGGGGAAGGGGUCCAUGGGCAAGGCCAGGAGCUAGAAUGAGCCAGAAAAACCACUGCCACCCGGCACCUGCAGGCCCCUGGGGUUGGGGCUUCUAAAAGGAAAGUGAAGGCAGGACCAGGACACUCUCGGCCAGUGUCUGACUGGCUGAGUGACAGCCAGCAGGCCGCUGCCCCUCCUGGAGCUGUUUCUCCGCUGGGUUCACAAAAGGCCUGACUGGCCGUUCUGAGGGCCUUUCCGCCAGGCUGUCCAUGACGCUCCUCAGAGCUCACCGUGAGGUAGAGAAAUCCCCCAAAUGAGAAGCCCAGCAAAGGUGGGUGAAGGGCACACUGGCCCCGAGCUGGGCUCAGAGGUCACCAGGUCCAUGCCCCUGCCUCUGGCCCAGCUGCUCCACAGGCAUAGGGGCCUCCCAGGCCCUAGGAAGCCUCCAGGGCCUCAUCCCUGGGUCUGUGCCCAGAUGUAACAACGCAGGCACUUCCCGAAGCCAGGGCAGCUCUGAAACCACCACCCGCCACAAAGGACGGGUGGAGGCAGAGGCGCAGGCUGGGGCAGAGGGCGGUCAGGGCUGCGUCAGGGCGCGCUGGGUCUCAGGCCACCGCCUGCUGGGGUCAGGGCUCGGGCAUACUGGGAAGGUGCCCGGGAGCGGCUCCCUGUGAAGAAACGAAGGGUUCCCGGCCCGGAGCUACUUCCCUGACCACAGGCAUAGCAGGAGCCACGGCUGCUUUGUUUCCUUCUGGGGCUUCCCUCGGAAUUCCCAAAAGUCAGCCAAGAAUGCCGGACAAAGGUCACUGGGAGCCAGCCCAGGCCCAGGACAAGCCCUGCAGAGGGAGUGGCAGGUAUGGACUCCCCACCAGGGUUGGUGCCGGGGAGAGAGCAAGGGUACUGUCACAGGAGACCAGGAGCGCCCAUCCAGGUUUACCUGCUGCAGCCUCAGAGGCUUGGGCAGGAGGGAGGAGGGCAGUCGCCUUGAGGGAUGGCUUUGGGCAACUCCCCUGCCAAGCCCCCAAGGACACAAUAGGCUCAGGAGUCCACCCCUUGGUUCUCUCCCUCCCUCCGGAGUGGGAGCUGGUCCCACAAGGGUCUAGGGGCACCAGCAGGGGCUCGUGAAGGCUCAAAUUCCCUAUCAUUGUUUCUACAAAUGCAUUCUCCCCAAGCAGGCCUCCUCACCCCUCCUGCCUCUCACCCUGUGCCCUGGGAGGGGAGUCGCUUUGUGAACCCCCAUGGCCCUAUGGGCCGCGCUUGCUCAGCCAGAUAGCCUCCCCCUUCUCUGCUGGCAGGUGUGGACAGAUGGACAAAUGGAUGGGCAGCAGGAGCGGGUAGAGCUGGAGCGGGGACCCACUGCCCAGGCCAGUGACUCAGACUGGGAGGAAUGGAAGCGGCUGCCCAGGAGGGGUGGGGGCCUGGGCAGGCCACCCGGCCAAGCCACCGGAGCCUCAGCCUGCGGAGUGGAAAGAAUAACAGAGGGCAGGCAGGCGCUGAGGCAGCCGUCCGCACAGGGUGACGCCAAGUUAAGAAUUACCCUUCACAGGCUGUUCAGAGAACUUCAAGUGCUACAGGAUGCGUCUGCAAGUAGAGCGCUCCCCAUCUUCACCAAGACCACAGCAUAUGUGGCCCCUGACGGAGGGAGUCCGCCUCCCCACCUCCCGGGUCUGCCACCGCUCCCGGAUGGGAAGCUGCCUCUCCUUUUCCUUAGGUUUCAAACCUGGGUGAGUCCUCUGACCCAAUGGAAAAAAAUGGAGUCGGGGAGGUCGCGCGGCCCCCCUCCUGGCGGCUUCGGGCCAGCCCUCCGGCUCGGCUUUCGGGUUACUGCAGUUCAAACAGCACGUGCUGCCCGCGCUGGUAGCCGAGCUCAGCCGGGAGGGGCGGAGUCCUGCCCCGUGCGCGCCUCCUCCGCGCCUCCUCCAGUCGCUCGGGAAAUCCAAGGGAUAAACACCCACUUGCCCUUCCUCUUUCGGGGGGGUGGGUGCGCUUUGAUCCCCGCUCGUGCCUCGCCUGCUCUCCCCCCGCCCGCCCUGCCCCCAUGGCCCAGGCCCGUGCGCUCCGCGGCCCAAGGCUCGCCGCACCUUUCUCUGACCAGGCCCAGCCACCGCAGCCCACAAGCUGUCCCCAACCUCCACGAGCAACCGCCUGCCCGCGCCUCCCUUCAAGCAGCCUGUGGUGGGAAGGGCAGCUUUGAUUUUAGAAUGAUCGCUCUCCAGUCCUCGGAAUUCCCUGGGAAACGUGGCGAAAAGGCGAACGCCGGCCAACUGUCCCGCCCCCUUCCUUUUCCAGCUCUGAGGAGCAAGGCAAGGACGGGCUUUGGACACCCCAGAUCCCGCAUGCUCAAGCUCUUCCAAGCCACCGUUGGUGGUGCCCACGGCAGUCGGCCAGCAUGAUAAGGGACCAAGAGGAGGGAGGCCGGAGCAGGCCCUGGAUCCGGACUCGAGGCCUUGUCGGCGGUGAACUGCGGUGUCUUCAAGCAUGGUGUGCAAAGGGGGGCACAGAUUCGGUAGGGGAACAUUCCCCAGGCUCCAGGAACUCCUUGCCCCGAGGUGAGGGGAGGGAGUGCACGGAAGAAAGAGGACAGAGUUCUUACCUUGCGCUUGUUGCGGUGGAUGUCGCCAAUGGAAUUGGACACCGUGUUGGGGCCCAGCAACAUGCGCGUGCUGCGAGGCCACUCGGUGCUCACGAGGUGGUGCUCGCCCAUGAGGAUCUUGCGCACGUUCUCCGCGCCGGUCACGCGUAUCAGCGGCCGCCCCAACAAGUGCGUCUUGAACACGUUGCCAUACUUCUCCCUCCGCGACGACUGGAAGCCAGAACCCUGCGGGAGCCACACCGGGGUCUCUCUCAGGGUGCACUUCUGCAGAAGGCCCGCGAGGGGGGGUGGCGGACCCCAACGCGGGGCACAGUCACCUGCCCCCUUCCCCACCAAACACACACUCACACAGACAAGCACGCAGGUUUUAUUUUUCAUAGCGUGCACAAGAACUGGGAAGUAGGGCCUAGAGGAUAAUAAAUAAUGCAAGGAGGCGGAGGCCCAGGGGCACCCCCAGGAGGCUGUUUUUUAGUAAUGACUUUCGAGAGGAAAGAGGUAUCACGGACAGCUGGACCCGAAGCGGGAGUCUCCGCCUCCAACCCCCCCCCUCCCCCGCGCUCGGGAGCCUCUCGGAAUAAAUAUUUCCAGGCUCCGGGCCACGGGCUGGCGAGACCCCGCGGGGUGGCCGCAGGCCAAAGAUUAUUUAUAGCGGUAAGCGGUCGGUGCCCGAAGGCAGCAACUACAGAUGGGGGUUGGAGUUUCCUCCGCUGUCCGGUGUGGCCCGCGCAGGGACCCGGCGGCCCUCGGAGGACUCUGCAGGGCGGGGUCACGGGCCGAGAGCCGCGAUUUUCCUAAUGCAUUUUGACCUGGAAAUAACGGACACCGACUUUGGUUGCCGCCCUGGAGUUUGGAACCCGAGCGCGGGGCGGGGCGGGACCGGGCAGGGCGACCCGCGCAGGUAACCAGAUCCCCGGCUGUGGCGGCGCGAGCCGAGGAUGGCGGGGCCGGGGCCCUGCCGGGCUCUCGAAACGGCUGGCGGAGCCGGCCCGGCGCGGGUACCGGAAACCGUGGAGACCUCAGAGGGGCGGGAGCAGGGGCGUCCCGCUCACCUUUGACGUCGGCACUAGUUACCCCACCCCACGUUAACCCUUCUCCUGCCGGGGCAGCACCGGGCGAAAAGGGGAGGGGCGCCACCUGUCUAGCCGCCCCGCCUGCCAGUCCACCGGCGUACAGACUCGGGCUCCAGAUCUACCUGGUCCUGCAACCCCGAGGGGACAACUCAGUCUCCCUAUCCCGGGUUGGUCCCCCUCCUCACUUUUCUUUUUUCCACAGAAAACUAUUCUCCAGCUAAAUGUGCACACACCCCAGUACAGCCGAAAAGUGACUCUGCAGAACCCGGAGCCCUAAUCACUUUUCCACAUGCGCCUCCGGCCCCGGCGCGCGACGGGGAACGAGCCGGGAGCGCCGGCGCAGCCAGGAGGGGGGCUGGGCCGCGAGAACGCUGUCCCCCUUCCAGGCUGGAGGACGGGGAGAGUUCCCCCCACCGUGCAGCCCUUCUAGACGGCGUCUACCCCUUUAAGAAAAAUCUAGGCGGAGGUGGGGUGCGACAGAGCGGGUGGUGAGGCGAGGGGUUCCCUCCCUCGGUCUGCUAUACCCCUCUCCCUCGCUCCGUCUCACUCUCCGUCUUUCCUCUCCUCCUUUUCCUCUGUUUUUCUUUUCUUUCAACACAAAAGUUGGGUUGUGAAUUUUCCGAGGUCGCCGCCGCCUCGCCCCCACCCCCUGCCUCUGAUCUGCCUAACUAUAAUUAAAGUGCGUUUUUUGUGGCAUUAA